AGAGAGAGAAAAAAAAAGACGAAAAACCCCUUGGAAAAAGGGCCUCAUUAAUGUAGGGCGCUGCUCCGGGAAGAAGAGAAAGUCGCGACGCGAAGAAACAAGAGCGAAGCAAGCCUUGGAAUUGAAAACAAUUUCGUGCAAUUGUGUGCUGCAUCAACCGCGAACACAAACAGAGCAGAAACGGCAAAACGAAUCAAGAGUCACACACGCAUUUAAUAUGUACGUUCAAAUUAAAAAACGCGAACCGCGGACUUGAAUUAAGAGUGUUUUUUUAGCGCAGUAGCUCCAGCGAUGACGAUCGAACCUCCUGCACUUCGGCUAGUUGGAUGAGGCAACAUCGAAAGAUCGUUUUCUAUCAGAAACAGUGUGUGGCCGAGCAUGCGAGUGUGUGUGUUGUGAAAAUUGUGAGGAAAAAAAUGGACUGUGUGCGAUAGCUUUUGCGGCUGCUCAAGGCAAGGCCAGAAAGGUAAACAAACAAAGUGUCAAAAGUGUUCGCGAUAAGCGCGAUAAUACACGCACGCACACUCCCAACAACCGGCGAGUCUCGUUUCGGCGUUGAAGCAGCUCCUAAAAACACGUGCGAAGAAGAAGAAGAAGACAAAAAGAAGACAAGCACAAACCAACAACAACAACGAUGCCCGAUCACGAUAUCGAGAUGAUAACGAGCGAGCAGCUGCACGCGGCGCUGCGCAAGUCGCAGAAGCACUUCAUCAUACUGGACUGCCGCAGCUCGCACGAGUACACGGAAAGCCACAUCCGGACGGCGGUCAACUUCUCGAUCCCGUCCAUCAUGCUGCGCCGGUUCGCGGCCGGCAAGAUCGACAUCACGUCCACGAUCAAGUGCCGCGAUCUGAAGGAGCGCAUCCUGUCCUGCUACAAGGAGAGCACGUUCGUGCUGUACAACAAUAGCAACGAGCCGGUCGGGGACAGUGGCGGCGUAGGCGGCGGGGGAGCUGGCAGCCGCGAGGAGCUGGUCAUGAUGGCCACCGGAUGUGGUGCCGGGCUGGUGCCGGCGAGCGGUACGGCGGCCGCCGGCAACGAUACCACGAUUAAUGUGCUGCAUCGCAAACUCAAGCAAGAUGGCUGCCGGGUGGUCUGUCUCGAAGGUGGUUAUGCAAACUUUCGUCAGUCAUUUCCGGAGUGGUGCGAGGAUGAAGUCAUCAACGCGAACCUGCAGACGGGCUGUGCGGCAACGGAGCAACUGAUGGGAUUAAGAUCCCUCCGCAUUUCGAUCCCAUUCUCGGACUCGGCGUGCAGCAGCAGCACCGAGUCGUCGGACUGUGAGAGCAGCACCAACUACCUGUCGGAGGCGGCGGUUAGCGUCGAGCCGGUCGAAAUACUGCCCGGCCUCUUCCUCGGCAAUGCCUCGCACAGUGAGGAUCUGAAGUCGCUGAAAAAGUACAACAUUAAAUACAUUCUGAACGUGACGCCCGAUCUGCCGAAUGUGUUCGAACGGGACGGCCAGAUACGCUAUCUGCAGAUACCGAUCACCGACCACUGGUCGCAGGCGGGCGAUCUGGCGAACCACUUCCCGGAUGCGAUCAAGUUUAUCGAUGAAGCCCGCUCGAACGGAUGCGGCGUGCUGGUGCACUGUCUGGCCGGCGUGUCCCGCUCGGUGACGGUCACGCUCGCCUACCUGAUGUUCGCACGCACCCUCUCGCUGAACGACGCCUUUCUGCUGGUGCGCUCGCGCAAACCGGACGUCUCGCCCAACUUCCACUUUAUGCAGCAGCUGCACAGCUUCGAGCAGCAGCUCAACAUCGACCCGACCCAGUCGGCGUCCGCCAAGCAGGCGCUCUACUCGGCCUCCUCUUCCUCAGCGGCCUCUUCCUCCUCGGUCGGCGGCGGCGGCGGUGCAUCCUCAACCGGUGGCCAUUCCGUGUCGACGACCCCGUACAGUGCCAGCUCGAUCGGGUCGUCCGGUUCGGGAUCGGCCGGGCUGGAGCCGUCGGCACGGCAACACCUCCACCACCACCAGCACCACACGACGACGCCCCACCACGCCGCGCAUCUGCACCAUCAGCAUGCGCUGCAGUCGAAGCACUCGAUGCAUCAGGUGCACUCCCGGCACGCGGUCAAGUACACCUGCGCCUGCGUGGAGGUGGAGUGCAAGUGUACGCAGGCGGCGAUCGAUCUGCUCGGCCCGUUCACCACCGGCAUCUCGCCCGACUCCGGCAUCGAGUUCGACCGGUGGACGCCGAGCAGCAACACGCCGAAAUGAGAUACGGCCGGCGUGGAGGGUGGACGGUUCCAACUGCCGGACCACUUCCACCACCACCACCACCACGGCCACGAUGAUCAACCCGGUGGCGGUGGGGUCGUUGCCACCGUCGCGGAGGACACCGGCUCACCCUCGUCCGAUCCGGCAGGCUAAAGAGAGAGCGAGAGCGAGAGAGGGAUCUUCUGAGACAUGUUUUUCGCUUCGCGCGUGUGUUGUUGUAGUUGGUGGUGUAGCACCUCCAACGCACACACACACACGUUAGCCAGCGCCCGUUUCCCUUGUCCUCGUAUAGGACGCUCUGUUUCGCGAAAAGCCCCCGUCUUUCCCUUCCACGGGAAUGGACGAAACAGGAAACCCGAAAAGGGACGGAACGAGUGCAUCAUCGUCAUCACCCCAUCAUCAGAUCAUCAGGCGUUUUUGGUGAAGAGAAAGGAAGAGAAAGGAAGAGAGAGAGAGAGAGAGAGAGAGAGAGAGAGAGAGAGAGAGAGAGAGAGGGAGGGAGAGGUAGAGAGUUUCUCGCUUUAGUGUGUGUAUGUGUUCUUGUAUUAGCAGCAGGGGGGGGGGGGAAUCCGACGCUAGGAUGCUGAUUAGUAGAGUAGACUUAUACAUAUAUACAUACAUACAUACAUACUACACUACGCUAUAUACACAUCCAAUGGUAUAUAAAUAUAGAGAUACACCCAUGCAUAUAGUGCAUAUUAUAGAUAUAUAUUUAUGUUAACACACGUCUCGUUAUUAUGAAUUAAAAUCUCCCUAUACAAAACGAAGUAAGAGGUGACGCUCACGUUACGCUCACGUCACGCUCAUAGGUGAAACGAUUGCUCACUAUAGGAUCUUCCUGUACGAAAAAGUUACUCACUAUAGAACGGUUUUGCUAACCAACUAUGGGUGCUUGGAUGAUUUUUAUUUCUUUGCGGUGUUUCCAUUCUCCGAGGCAACAAGCAAUGGUAGAGUGAUUGAAUCAUUGAGGCAUUUAAAUCAAAAUACAUCAUUGUUUUU